AUGGUGUCGAUUCCUCUCCCUGAGCUCCUCGUGGGGCGAGGGCAGGCAGCAGUCGCAGACAGUUUCGAUCAGCAGUCCAUGGUGAGCCAGGACAUGAAUCGAUGGGCUGUCAGACAAGAUGGCUCAGAAGGCCAAGGCGUUCUACUAUCAACAGCAAUCAGCGCAUCGACAAGCUCGACAGUCAUGGAGCACGAGAACAAUGAGUCGUCGCUUUCCAUGCCACUGUCAAACGAUAUCAAUUCCGUGACUUCUUCAUUGAGGGCUCGGAAUGGGUUUGCUCCAAUUUUUGAGGGAGGCCCGUCGAUCGUCGUCGCAGUUGUAUUCGUAGCGAUCAUCGGAUUGAGUGGGAUUGCCUUCUUCACGGCGUGGUAUAUUCGGGAAGGGCCGAGAUGCAGACGACGCUCGUUGGGAGUUGGAUAUGAGCACUUUGCCGAGUCGGACGUCAGCUUGGCCGAAGAUACCGGCCACGCUCUGGAUUAUUUUCUCUUGCACGACGUGCCUCCCGAACGAGCCCCCGUCGUGCCCAGCCAAAGUUCAUCGCCCUCCAUCACAGAUGCCUGCGAUGGCAGUGGCAGUCCGGAUCCAAACAAACCCGGUCGAAAUGAAUCUGGCGUGCCCAUGCACACCUUCGGUCGAGGGAUGACUCCACACUUCAAGUCAACAGAACCGGCAAGACGAAGCCCGCUGGCGUCUGUUAUAUCAAUGAGCGCAAUGGAAUCGAAAGAGGACGUGAACAGGUCGCCGUCGAAGCCACCAUCGAGCAAUCCUGCUCGUUCAUCGCCACGUGCGCCCAGGUCAUACAAGGAGAUUGCCAACAGAACACCCACCAGCUCGCCCAGCCACAAGAGAAACCCACUGCGUUUGCCCAGAGCACUGCGCACUCCGCCCCAAUUUCCGAUUCGCGAAAGAGUACCACUGAACAUCCAUCUGAGAAACGAAAGUCAUCCAAGCAUGAGACAACCUUAUAGCCCAACAUCAAGAAGCGUUUCUCAGAAUACGGUCGUUCACAUCAGUUCUUCCCAGUCCACGGGACCAGGCUCCGGUGCUCUGAGUAAACCGCCCUGCAGUCCGUUGUCUCUUCCCCACGAGGCGACCCCAACCCAGAGGCCGCUGAAAAGGGAGUCUUCCAAAUCCACUGAGUGA